UCGUCCUUCACCCUCUCGAUAGCCUCUAUUGAGCAACCACGAAUCUCUAUUUCAUCGUCUCCGCCAUUUUCUAAUUCUACAUCUGAAAAUACAUAUAUUUGUACCUUAUACCAUCUAGCUAGGUGGUUCUUAUUAAUUAUUAUCACUUAUACAUAGAUUUUCACAUUGUUAUCACUAGAACCGGCGAAAAAUUUAGUCAGUAUGUCAGGAGUGUGUUAGGUUCGAGUUCGGAUCAUAUUAACACAAAUUAAGACUAUUCAAGUCUGAAUUGAAACUAGGACCGAUUCAACCUCUAAUUGGAACAGGAUUAAGUGUGAAUACUGUGGAUUAAAUCAUGAUUGUCUGGCAGUGCAUCGAUUCACACUUCCGAAGGAACUUGGACGACUAUAAUCGUUACCAUAAUAAAGACGAUAAACGGCAUCGUGAACAACUUACCACACUGCAACCUGCUCAUUAGCGGGUUGCUGUAACGUAUCGCACCAAAGUACACAAGAAUCUGAGGAAUUCGAUAAUCGGCAAACAUCGUGAUGUAAUCUAUAUCAUGGAACUCGCCCAUCCCCGUGCCUUUGAAGCAAGCCCAAAUGUCACCCACCAGUAUUUGAGCUCUUUUAUAAAAGCUAACUAGAAAAUAUCAAUUUGUCAGUUAGCUUCUUAUUAGAAAAAAAGAGUCAUGAAUUCAUAUUAAACCCAACACAGGUCGCUACAGACACCUUUGCCACAGUUCAUGCCUAAUUAGCAGUUGCUACCUUCAGAAUUUUAAAAUCAAACACCAUUUGAAUUCAAGUUCAAGGGAUAAUAUCAAUGGGGAUUUGAACCUUUGUCGCAUGAAAAAUUUCUGGGCGUCUGUGAAACGUGUGUCGCAAAUUUCAAUACAACCUGUUCAUUGUUGAACUAAUACACAGUGUUCCUGGCAUAAAGAACCAUCGGACGUACAUUCUACUCAAUGCAAUCAUGAAAAAAUGUUUACACCGAGCAAAAUGCACCCCUAAAACAUAGCUCUUUGCUUUGGAAACACCCAGUGUGUUAACAUUAACGACUAGUGAAUUGAGCUUGUUAAUUAGCCCCCCAAAAAGCAGGCUCAAACACAUAUUUACAAAGCGUUUUAUUAUCCAGUGUAUAACUUUACAGUCUGAAUCACAGCUUUCCCAAAAAGAUUUUAAUUAGACCCUCCUUUUAUAGUGUAUAUUUGUAGAAAAUUGUUCACUGAUUUUGCAAAGAUCGGUAAAGUUCUGCACUAGAUUCUCGUGGCUUAAGGGAGUAUAUACCCUUGUCAAAUUCAAACAAUUGAACAUUUUGAUACUUAUUAUGAGAAAAUUAUUAAAACGAAAAAUAUAGAAGGCAAAAUAACUGUAUCAGUUUGAAUCAUUUUAGAUAAAUCAAAUUACCCAGUAAUUUCUGUUACAUCUUUAAAGAAGAUCUUUCUUUCAUGUUAAUCAUGGUAUGUAUCCCCUUAAAUUAUGUAGAACGAUUACAGGAAACGACUUCGAGCCUAUACCUUGGUAUUUUGCUAAUAAAAUCUUUCCAGCAUCUCUCAACGACUUUAAUCUUUCAUCCAAAAGCGGUAUACAACUAGUUUGAUUAUCGCCCCGAAAUAUUUGCUCGGCCUCGGACCUUGUUAUGCGAGAAUAAUACUUGGGGUCGAUUAUAGGUAUCCCCUCCUGUUCGAAGCAAAUUAAAAAAUAAAACGUAAUAUACCCACGUAGAGCUCAUGAAAUAUUGGAUUGUGAAGCAAGAUAUACACGUGGAAACUGAUCUAUUGAUUAGAAACAUAUGGUUUGUAAACAAAAGAGAAUAGACUAUGAACGAAAGUUGAAUGAAAUUGUAUGAAAUCUUAAUGUAACCAUUAUGCAAAAUAAUAUCGUGAAUGUUAUUGAUGUUUAUAAAUACGAGAGCACUCUUCUCUCAUCAAUAAAAUGAAAUCAGAAUGCAAGAAAUAUAUAAACGAGAUAAUUGGUCUCAAAAAACCCACAGGAUUAGACAAGCUAGCAGAAUCGAUUCCUAAGCCGAAAGGAGCAAUACCAAAUUUCGGUUUGCCAAAAUGGAAAGUAAUGCCAUUAGAAUCAAAGAUACCCAUGGUCCCUGGACCAGAAGGAGCAUACAAUUUCACCCGUCGUAAACUUGGAAAAGAAUUAUGGAUCCCUGCGCCUGCUGCAGACUUUAACUUAAGUGAUCCAUAUUGCUAUGAGAUGGAACUAACUUAUGAUUCGCUUCAUGAUAAACACUUAGUCCCAUACUUCUCUAGACCACGUAAUAUUAGACACCUAAUAAAAGCCGGACUUGUUACAAAGAGUUUGGAUGCUAUGUGUUCCUUGCGUGAUUAUAAUAUGUAUAGAAAGUACUUGCGAAAAAUACACUGUGAUAAUAUAAAAAAGGAGUUGAAGAGAAGAUCCAAAUGGGAUACAGAGGAGAAAGCUAUUCUGUAUGCACAAAAGCAAGCACAGAAUGAAGAGAAAAGAUUAAGGAAAAGAGAAAAAUUACUGGAAAUAAUGCGAACGAGUAUCAAAAGACGCGAACAAGCACGGAAAUUGAAACUUCAAAAACAAAAAGAGGAACAACAGAAAAUAGAAGAAAGAUUAAUAGCUUUGAAGUUAAAAAAGCAAGAAGAUAGACAGUUGCAAUUUCUCAAGAGCAAAGCAAAAGCUGAACUAAUUCAGCAGAAACAAAAAGCAGCAAUAGAACAUGAAAGGCAUAAAAUAAUUAGUGUUCUGGUAGGAUGGACCAAAAAAGAACGUGUACGUAAAAAAACUAGAGAAAUGAGACUGGUCCAAGAAAGAGAGGAGAAACGCCAGAAAGUGGAGAAAAAGUGGCAAGAGAGACAAGAAUUUCAAAAGAAACAAAUGGAGAAGGAACAACUUUUGCUGCAAUGUAUAGAGGAUCAACGUAGAAAAUUCAUAGAAGCAUACAAUGAGAAAAUAGAGAACGAAACGAGAAGGAUGCAAAAACUUCUGAAAAAUAUUAAAAUUUACAUGAAAUGUUAUUUUGCAAGACAUUAUGGUGGCAGAGAACGCAUUUGCUGUGUAGAAGAUACUGAUGAUGAUGAGGAUCGUACUGUGACAUCACCUAUGACUCUAGGUGGCAUGAAAAGAGAUAAGAACGCAGCAAAAUAUCCAGAUAAAGAUGUUACUAAAAAAGGAAAAGUGGAAGCAAAGAAGAAGACAAAGGCAAAGAAGAAGAAGGAGGAGGUGGAGGGUGAGAAGAAAAAGAAGAAAAAGAAGAAACCUACUAGUAUUAAAGAAGGUGGUAAAAAGAAAGCAAGAAGAAAGAAAAAGAAAAAACAAAAGAAAGAAGUAGGUGAGGAGGAAAAGAUUGAAUCAAUAGGAACAAGAGAAUCUGAAUCUACUAUGAAAACAGAUACAUCUGAAACAACAUUAAGUUCUGCUCCCUCAGAGAAAUGUAGAUGUCAAGCUAUUAGGGAACACAUGAAAAUAUCUUAAACAUACUAAUCUUAAAAUGAACAAAUGUAAAGUAUUCCAAUUUCUUCAGCAAAAAAGAUAUUGUAAUUUAGAUUACAUUAAAAUUAUAGAAAUGCAUUGACUCACAUCUAUGGCCCUUUUAAUAGCAGUACACAAUGCAAAAUAUCCGCUCUGACCAUUAACAGUCCACCAUUUUGAAGAGUCUUUUUCGCUCCAAAAGGAGUAAUUCAAUGUGUCCAGAACAAAUAUCCAAUCGACAGCUCUUGGAUCAUCCAUAGAAGGAUGGAACUCAUAUUGAGAAAAAUUAUUCACAGUUAUUUUGUUGUUCUUAAGUCCUUCUAGAAUCUGUAAAAAAAAUUCAUUAUUUAAACUAAUCUUUAAAAAGUAUGAACAUUUUUCAUGAUCUUUUUAACUGACAAAAACGUAAUAUAAAUUUUGUUGACGUACGUUAAACAUAAUAUGUUUAUAUAGAUAGUAAAAAAUUAUUCACCGUG